AUGUGCCCCGCCCCGCCGCACUGCCCCCCCCCCCUGCUGCUGCUGCUGCUGCUGCUGGCUUGCCAGCCACAGGCCCCAUCUGCGCAGGUGAUGGACUUCCUGUUUGAGAAGUGGAAGCUCUACGGUGACCAGUGUCUCUCCAACCUGAGCCUGCUGCCCCCACCCACGGAGCUGGUCUGUAAUAGAACCUUUGACAAGUAUGCCUGCUGGCCGGACACCCCUGCCAACACCACGGCCAACACAUCCUGCCCCUGGUACUUGCCCUGGCACCCCAAAGUGCAGCACCGCCUCGUCUUCAAGAAGUGCGGGCCCGACGGGCAGUGGGUGCGCGGGCCCCAGGGGCAGUCCUGGCGCAACGCGUCUCAGUGCCAGAUGGACGAGCACGAGCUCGAGGGCCAGAAGGAGGCAGCCGAGAUGUACAGUGGCCUUCAGGUGAUGUACACAGUGGGGUACUCUCUGUCCCUGGGGGCGCUGCUGCUGGCCCUGGCUCUCCUGCUGGGCCUCAGCCAGCUCCGCUGCACCCGGAACUACAUCCACGCAAACCUGUUUGCGUCCUUCGUGCUCAAGGCCAGUUCCGUGCUGGUCAUUGAUGCGCUGCUUAAGACACGGUACAGCCAGAAGAUCGGGGACGACCUCCGCGUGAGCAUCUGGCUGAGUGACGGGGCGGUGGCCGGCUGCCGGGUGGCCGCAGUGUUCAUGCAGUACGGCGUGGUGGCCAACUACAGCUGGCUGUUGGUGGAGGGCGUGUACCUGCACAGCCUGCUGGGCCUCGCCGCCCUCCCGGACAGGAGCUUCUUCGCCCUCUACCUGGGCAUCGGCUGGGGCGCCCCCAUGCUCUUUGUCAUCCCCUGGGCCGUGGUCAAGUGCCUGUUCGAGAACAUCCAGUGCUGGACCCGCAACGACAACAUGGCCUUCUGGUGGAUCCUGCGCUUCCCUGUGUUCCUGGCGAUCCUGAUCAACUUCUUCAUCUUCAUCCGCAUCCUUCUCAUCCUCACGGCCAAACUGCGAGCCCGCCAGAUGCGCUACACAGACUACAAGUUCCGGCUGGCGAAGUCUACGUUGACCCUCAUCCCUCUGCUGGGGGUCCAUGAAGUGGUGUUUGCCUUCGUGACCGAUGAGCACGCCCAGGGGACCCUGCGCUCUGCCAAGCUCUUCUUCGACCUCUUCCUCAGCUCCUUCCAGGGCCUGCUGGUGGCUGUUCUGUACUGUUUCCUCAAUAAGGAGGUGCAGUCGGAGCUGCUGCGGCGCUGGAACCGCUGGCGUGCCGGUCGCUCGCUGCAGGAAGAACGCCACACCGGCAGGCUCGGACCCCCAGUCCGGCCCACUGGCGACCCCCCCAGCGAGAAGCCACUGCUCUCCAGGUCCGGGGGCAGCAGCAAUGGGACUGGCCGGGUCCCCUCUGCAGACCCCCGCCUGGUCAGCAGCCUCCCCGGGCUGGCCGAGAGCCCCUUCUAA